AUAUAAUUGUUAACAUUACUUACCUCGUUAUAAUUGUUUUAAUAUUGUUAUUGCUUUUAUUAUACAGUUGGUUUUUACUUAAGAUUAGUAUUAGAACUAUUACUAAAUAUCCAUGUUUAUGUUGCAUACAUACACAUAUAUGACAUAUAUGUGUGUGUUUUCUUUUAAGCAAUUGCAAGUUUCCAAAUACAUGCAAAGUAAAAUUGUUGGCGACAUGGCACAUGUAUUAAAGUCUUCUGUCACAGUUGACUCAGCAAGAAUGAAGACAUUGAUACACUUUUGCGUUAUGGAAUACACAAGGUGGCAGUUCCUCGCCCACUGCCACCCAAAUACAGGUAUAAGAAAUCCUUAUCUGUACGUAACAGAUGAUGGAGACGAAGUGAUUAUUAUGUGUGGCAAAAGAUUAUUUUAUGAAGUUUUUCAUUUUCUGACUUCGUGAUGGAACUUAUUGGAGUACACUUUUUUUGGACAUGGGAGGAGUAUUGCCGCUACAAGCAUGAACAAUAAUAAAACAUUCUAAAGAAUAAUUUGUUAUUUCAACGAUUAGAUUUGUUGUUUAAAUGUAUAAAUGCUUGUUGAAUAUUCUUAUUAUAUAUCA